ACUAUAACUGUUAUAUAUACAACUUGAACUACAAUAUAUUAAGACUAAAUAAAGAAAAUAUUACUUAUACAUUUGGUUAAAAAUUAAAACAAAUUUUAAGUAAUAUCAAAAAUGACUGUUCAACUAAAAAUUGGCAAAGAAAAUAUUCCAAUCAACAUAAUAUGGUUACGAGACAAUUGCAGGUGUUCAGAAUGUUAUGACCAUGAUAAUCAUAAUAGAAAAACAACUACUCAACAAUUCCUUAAAUCAAUUAAUAUUAAAAUCCAAGAUUAUACACAGGGAGAUAACGAUUUCUUCAUUGGGUGGUCUGAUGGUCAUAAAUCUGCAUAUCAUACUAAGUGGGUGAUUGACACAUGGACAGGAAAUAGAAUAAAAAUUGAACCAAAAUCUUGUUUCGGCGAAGAACUUGAGAAACUACCUUCAAAAGUAUCUUAUAAUGAUCUAUCUCAAAAAGAAGGGCAAAAAAAAUUGAUAAAAUCAAUUUUAAAAUAUGGUGUAGGAAUUGUAACAAAUGUAGAUCCUACAUUGGAAGCUACGGAAAAAUUAGUUAGGUUCAUAGCACAACCACAAGAAACCAUAUUUGGAACAAUGUGGACAGUUGGAAUUAAUGAAAAUCAUAAAGAUCCGGCAUAUUUAAAUGGUCCAUUAAUAGUACACAAUGAUAGCACAUAUUUCAAUGAAAGUACUGGUCUUCAAGUAUUUCAUAUGUUGGAAAGGGACAUUAACUGUAAAGGAGGUUUAAGUACUAUAGUUGAUGGGUUUAAAGUAGCAGAAAUAUUAAAAAAAGAAAAUCCAUUGCAUUUUAAAAAUCUUACUGAAAUUGAAAUAGAAUCUGAGUACAUAGAACCCGGUUUUCACUAUAAAUGUACAGGACCAGUUAUAAAAAUUGAUCCAACUUCAAAAGAAGUAUAUCAAAUAAGGUUCAAUAUAUACGACCGCAGCGCUUUACCACCAUCACGUGUUAAUGAGUUUUACGAAAGUUAUGCUCAUUUUAUAGAAAUAUUAGAGAGAGAAGAGAUGUAUUGGAAGCAUUGUUUGCAGCCGGGAACUGUGAUGAUUUAUAACAAUUGGAGAGUGUUACACGGCAGAACAUCUUUUACAGGGAAACGGAUUUUUGGUGGAUGUUAUGUAUCAAUGACUGAAUUUUUAAGCAAAGCAAGAACAUUAAAAUUAAUAUCAUAAUAAUUGUCAAAAUAUAAUUUAGGUAGUCAAAUUAUUUAGAAAUUAAAACUGUCAAGUGUAAGUAAAUAUUAAAAUCUUGGUAGAGGUACUUACAGUAUUGUUAUUGAAGCAAGUAUUUUCAGAGAAUGUAGAAUUAUUAUAGUAACAUAAUAAACAAUAAUUUAACUGGUGA